AUGUCAUCGCGACGCCCAAUCUACUUCAACCCCGCGGCAGCAACUGAGCGCAUCGCCUCCCCGCAAAUCGAAGGCCUCAAGGCUUUACAUCAAUCCAUCCCCAACUAUGCCCCAACACCCUUGGUUGAACUCCCCGGGCUCGCUGCCGAGCUAGGCGUCCGCGCCAUCUUCAUCAAAGACGAAAGUAACCGCUUCGGGCUGCCCUCAUUUAAGGUCUUGGGCGCUUCAUGGGCCUGUUUCCGGGCCAUUGCAGCACACCUCGGGCUACCGCUAACUGUCUCCCUCAAUGAGAUUUCAAGUCGAGCAAAAGAAGCCUCGAUCUCCCUGACAGCUGCUACGAUGGGAAACCAUGGGCGUGCAGUCGCGUUCAUGGCUCGGCUGCUCGGUAUUGAGGCGCAGAUUUUUAUUCCGAGCGCCAUAGAUCAGGAAACUAAGAAUCUGAUUGCGGGAGAGGGCGCGAAACUUAUUAUUGUCCAGGGUGAUUAUGACAGGGCUGUGCAGGAGGCCUUGGGCGAGUCGUCUACGCAGAAUAAUGCUCUGCUCAUUCAGGAUACCGCUUUUGAGGGGUAUGAGGAUGUCCCUGCGUGGAUCGUGGAAGGUUAUUCUACAAUGAUGGAUGAAAUACUGAACGAUCUUGCGCAGCGCGGCCUCGCUGGUUUGUUGGUGCUGACUCCUGCUGGUGUUGGGAGUCUUGCCCAUGCAGUGGCUAAGCAUUGCAAGUCACAAGAGCCGGCUUUUUCAGUCGUUGCCGUUGAACCUGACACAGCGGCGUGUCUAUAUUCUAGUCUGACUACUGGCAAGAUGAUGACCGUGCAAACCUCGUCAUCAAUCAUGGACGGUAUGAACUGCGGCACGGUAUCCUCUACUGCUUGGCCGGACAUUCAGCGCCUGGUUGACGCCUGUAUCACGGUGUCUUCCUACGAGAGCCACUGUGCCGUACAGUAUCUCAAUUCAAAGUCUGUGGUAGCCGGGCCAUGCGGAGGUGCGUCGCUCGCUGCGUUGCGCCAUCUGGCUACGGUGAAGGAGAAUGCUUCAUCGCUCCUCAACAAAGAUUCUGUAAUUGUUCUUCUCAGUACCGAAGGCGCGCGUAAAUACCCAACACCUAAAGACGUCUCUGUCAGCGACGUCGUAGGCUUAACACAGACUCUUACACAGAUCAACUCCUCCAACUCGACAUUGUCUGUCACGGACGGAGUGGGCGAGACCGAGAUAGUAAACUAUCUUGCUGCCUGGUUUGCUCAUCGAGGCAUCGAGCACCACUGGAUUGAGAAGGUUCCAGGAAGGCCAUCUAUUGUGGGAGUAUUGCGUGGCAGCGGAGAGGGCCAAUCCCUCAUGUUCAACGGUCACACCGAUACAGUCAGUCUCUCGAGCUACGAGUCCGACCCGCUAUCUGGGUCAAUCGGAACCAAAGAUGGCAAAGAAGUCAUCUUUGGACGAGGCUGCCUUGACAUGAAAGGUGGUCUUGCCGCAGCGUUGGCCGCUCUUUCAGCAAUCAAGGCCAGCGGCCGCACCCCUCGGGGCGAUGUCAUCGUGGCCGCUGUGUCCGAUGAAGAGGAUGCAUCCCAGGGAACGCAAGAUGUUAUCGCAGCGGGAUGGCGUGCAGACGCUGCAGUUCUGCCGGAGCCAACCCAGGGCACGAUUAUUACAGCCCAUAAGGGAUUCGUGUGGAUUGAAGUAGACAUACUAGGAGUAGCCGCCCAUGGCUCAGACCUGGCAGCUGGGGAAGACGCCAUCCUCUACGCUGGUUCGUUCCUGCAGGCUUUGGAGAAAUACCAGUCGCAGCUUCCUGUGGAUGAUCUGUUAGGCCAGGCUUCGCUGCACUGUGGAUUGAUCCGAGGCGGCGAGGAGCCAUCUUCAUAUCCGGAUAGAUGCACAAUCACCGUUGAGUUCCGUACUAUCCCCGUGCAAACUCAAGAGUCCAUAUUGGCGGAUAUUAGUGCCCUGUUGAAAGGAAUUGCUCAGGAGAAUCUUCGAUUCAAAUACGCCGAGCCUCGCAUUACCAUGUCGCGCCCGACACAGAAAGUGCUGGCCGGUCAUCCCUUUGUACAGAAGGUUGUUGCUUGUACAUCCGCAGUUCUAGGACGGGAACCUAUUGUCAAGGGUGGUUCGUUUUGGACUGAUGCAGCUUUGCUUGGUGCUGUUGGGAUUCCUUCAAUUGUAUAUGGACCUGCGGGGGAUGGCUUGCACGCUAAGCAGGAAUUGGUUGAAGUCGAGAACCUGCAAGAAUUUGAAAAGAUCUUUAUUCAAUUGAUAGAAUCUUUUUGUUAUUAG